GAAAGCCAAGAUAUAAGACGGGGUGUGUCGAUAUAAGGCCAUUACCGAUUCGGCAGACGCACCGCCAAGCCCUUCCGCCCCGCACUCAGCACAGACUUCGCACUCGAGAUAGAGUCUGGAGGCCCACCAUGAACUCCUCUGCGCCAGGCACCUACUCUUGGUCGUAUAGCAUCAGGGCCAACUUCUAUGCCCUGACGCCGGCCGAGACCUACUACGAGAACGUCUGGCAGGUGCCCAACAUGGUGGCCAAGGCUCUGCCCGUGAUGAUCCUGAUGUCCGUGAUCGAAGCAGUGAUCCUGAAGCUGACGAAUCGCAAUGAUAACUGGCGUCUCCACAUCGCCGUCCUGAACUACUCGAGCGGCGGCCUCUCGGAAGCGCUCAACAACUUCGUGUUCCGCGGAGCCGAGUUGUCCUUGUACAUUUGGGUCUACGACAACUGGCGCCUCAGCUGCCUGGCGUGGGAUUCCCUCUACACCUACUUCCUGGCUCUGCUGGGGGUCGAAUUCUGCUUCUACUGGUGGCACAGAGCGUCGCAUGAAACGGCCCUCAUGUGGGCCGCUCACUCCACGCACCACAGCUCCGAGGACUUCAACAUGACGGUGACUGCGCGGACGUCGUGGACCAUGAGGCCCUUCAAGUGGGUCUUCUUCCUCCCCCUCGCCUUCCUUGGCCUGCCGCCCCCCAUCUUCUUGAUUCACCAGCACCUCUCCUACAUCUACGCGGGCUGGACGCACAAUGAGACCGUGCCCAAGCUGAGCAAGGUCAUCCCCGGCCUGGGUCACGCCAUCGAGUUCGUCUUCCAGACUCCGAGUCACCACCGCGUCCAUCACGGCGCGAACAAGUACUGCAUCGACAAGAACUACGGACAGACGUUCAUCAUCUUCGACCGCCUCUUCGGCACCUUCGCCGAGGAGCGCGAGGACGAGCCGCUCGUCUACGGGACGCUCGGCCAGGUGGAGCACAACAGCGCCAUAAUGAUCCACGUCUCGCCCUGGGUCGAGCUUUGGCAGAAGACGCGGAGCAUGACCACCUUCGGCGACAAGGUGCGGGCACUCUUCUACGGCCCCGGCUGGGCCCCCGGCAAGCCGCGCCUCGGGGACCCCGCCGACGUGCCUGACGUGCGAGGACGCAAGAAAGUGCAGCUGCAUCUUCCUGCCUGGUUCUCCGUGUACAUGCUGGCCAACAGCGCGCUGGUCUUCUUCUGCUACCCGGAAAUGAUGGGGAGGAUCAAGGACGCUGGGCCCUGGCUGCCGCUGGUGACCCUGGCCUACAUGUUCCUUUCCUUCACCGCGCUGGGAGGCCUGUACGACGGGCGCCGCUAUGGUGCUGUCCUGGAGCUCCUUCGCCUCCUCCUGUUCUUCGGACUGUCCUACUGGCACCCCAUGUUCGGCAGCGCCACUGCCGUGAGGCGUGUGUCCUGGAUGAACCUCCUAAGCCUGCUGAUAUGGCCCGUGGUGGCGAUCCUUACCUUCAGGAGGGCAGAGAAGAGCUCGAAGACGGAGCCACAGCCUGGCGAGGCAGCGAAGAGAAAGUGAAUGGGGCUCCCGUUUCACGAGUGAAGACACGUCGAGGCUGCAGUCUGAUAGUAUUGUGUCUCGACUAUUUCCCUUUUUGUAACUGACAAAUUUGUAAAGCAGAGUGCUUCGUAUGCUUAAAAUAAUAUUUUUCUACA